CGGGGCCGCUCGUCUGUCGUGCCACGGGCACGGAAGCCCGUGCCGCCGGUUCUUAGAGUGGCUUUGCGUGUCCGCAGCGGCAGACGGGGCAGCGGGACGUGCGGUCUCCCUUCGCCUUUCCCCAGGCAAGGGACCUCAUUCAUCGUCCCGGCGGGUGUCACCUGCCCGUCCCCGCGGCCGCUGGGGCACGGGGAGCCGGCGAUCAGGCCGGGGAGCGCAGUGCAGCCCAGAUAAAAUGGAGAUCUUUCCUCGCUGCAUUUAGGAAUGCAACUUCGAUCCCGGGAGGAUGUAUAAAGAUUAAAUGCCAAGUGCCAAAAUGAGCGUGACUUCGUGGUUCUUGGUGAGCAGCGCUGGCAUUCGCCACCGUCUCCCUCGGGAGAUGAUAUUUGUUGGCAGAGAUGACUGUGAACUGAUGCUGCAGUCCCGCAGUGUCGAUAAGCAGCACGCUGUAAUCAACUAUGACAAGGAGAAAGAUGAACACUGGGUGAAGGAUCUUGGGAGCUUAAAUGGCACCUUUGUCAAUGAUGUGAGGAUUCCUGACCAGAAGUACAUCACCUUGAAACUGAAUGAUGUCAUUCGCUUUGGCUACGAUUCAAACAUGUACGUGCUGGAACAAAUUCAACAUAAAGUCCCAGAAGAAGCAUUAAAGCAUGAGAAGUACACCAGCCAACUGCAGAUGAAUUACAAAGGCACGGCAAUGAAGAGGGUGGAACAGUCCAUGGAGCAUGGUGUUUACAGUGAAUCCCCACAAGCAAAGCUGGAGAAGGGAGAGAGGAAAGCAAUUACAGAAACCAAUACCUACCGCACCCCUCUUUAUGGACAGCCCUCCUGGUGGGGCGAAGAUGAUGCGAAUAACAAAGAGGACAGAAGGCAAGAGGACCAUUACUCGGAAAGAUCAAAAGAGAUAACCCAACAUGAAGAGGAACUGAAUGGUAAUAUUCCUACUUAUAGAGAUUCCCAAGAGCAGUCUGUGUUUGCUUUCCGGAGAGAGCCAAGUUAUUUUGAGAUUCCAACUAAAGAAUUUCAGCAGCCAUCAAAAUCUCCAGAAACACAGGUCCAUGAGAUCCCAACAAAGGAUAUUGAUGCUGUAGUAGCCCCCGUUGUACAGAGUCAUGCCUCUUUCACCAUUGAAUUUGAUGAUGGCACCCCUGGCAAAAUAAAGAUAAAAGACCACGUAACUAAAUUUUCACUCAGACAGAGAAGACCAUACAGUAAGGAAUCAGCUCAUACAGAAGUGAUGUCAGCAGAGAGCAAAGUGGCUGAUUGGCUUGUCCAGAACGACCCGAGCUUGAUGAGACGACAGUCUCCAGGAGAGGAUGUGUACAGUACAAAGAGUGACCUGCCAGUUCAUGUGAGGACGCUUAAAGGUUCCUGGUCGUUGACUGAAUCGUGUUGUGUGCCUUCACACCAGUUUCCUUCUCCAAAAAAAGGCAAUAGGCACGAGGACGGGACACAGAGUGACUCCGAAGACCCUGUGGCACCUAAAGCAGAGAAGGAGACAACAACAGGCAGUGAACGUACGACGGAGCAAGCCAGGCUGCAGCGCCAGAUGCGGCGUGAUCCCCACGAGAUGCUGCACAACAAGCAGGCCUUCGUCAUCGAGUUCUUUGAGGACACGCCGCGGAAGAAACGGUCGCAGUCCUUCACACACAGUGCACACUCCUCCCAGAGCGACACUGAUCCGGGGCUGAAGAACAAGGUCGAAAAACGCAAGAAUGUGUUGCCAGCGGAGAAGUUGGGAAGUGUGGCACCACCAGCUCACCCUGGGACCCAGGGAGGCAAACCCAGUAACAGCUCCUCUGGGACCCAAAGAUCUAGCUCCUUCAAGAGAGAGAAAACAGAGGAUAGGAUCAACUCUUCAUCCUCCUCUGCUUCCAGAGCAUCGGCUAAAACUUAUGGGAGUGUUGGAAGAAAGUCUAAAAUGGCUCAGGAUUUUAUGGCUGAGUACUUGCGGGAGACCGCUCAGUCUGGGAAGCCAAGUACUGAGAAACCGUCACCUCUGCCCAUGCCAGUAGCUCCACGUGUGGUUGUAUCAUCGGAACCAGAGCCUGCCUCUACUCCACCUCCAGACAUAAAGUCAGCCCAGGGCAGGAGAAAUGAUGAGGAGGACAGCGUGAGUGAGACUGGCACAUACACCAUUGAGACAGAGUCACAAGAUAAAGAGGUGGAGGAAGCGCGAAAAAUGAUAGAUCAGGUUUUUGGUGUUCUUGAGUCACCUGAAUUUACCAGAAUCUCUUCAGCCUUUAGACCAGUAAUUAAAGGUGAAAAAGACGACUCCGGUUCUCAUCAGCAUUUAAUCAGUGAAAAUGGCACUAGUCAGAAGUCACCCUUGCUCCAGGCAUUUGCCUCAAAAGCUGCGAGUGGGUCUCAAGCUGAUGUGCAGAUGUCUGCAGCAUCUCAAGGAAGUCAGAAGUGGGUGUCUAGGUGGGCAAGUCUUGCGGACAGUUACUCUGACUCUGGAUCUGUCUCUGGGCAGGGUGAUGGAGGUACAGAAAGUGGUGUAACCCCAAAACCUGGGGAAGCAGAAAAUGCUGUGCCCUUGAGAACAAGGCGCCUUCUUCCCCAACUCCCACCAAGUGAUAAAUCAGACAGUCCCACACCUGCAGCAGUCCUGGUUUGCCAGGAGUCCUGUUCUGAGGUUACCAAGAGAACUAUCGUGAAGGACCACUGCAUGGAAGCCUAUGGUGAUCCAAACAGCCGCCUCUUCAUCCAAGAAGAUUUGGAUCCAGAUAGCCUCAGUGAUGCCAGCAGAUCUGAUGAUGGCUUCAGCACAGACAAAGGCAAGAAAUAUAAAGAGAGCAAUAAAAUGCUGGAGCAGAUGGGGGAAGACACCAGAUCAGAGAGCUGGCAGCUGGGAUCCUCCCAGGUCUCAAACAUGAGAGUUGUAGGUGAGCCAGUUUCAACUUCGUUCUACAUUGGUGAUGACAGCAAUGAUGCAGGGAUUCCCUCCAAGCUCUCUCUGAGCAUGUCUCAUGCUCGAGCAGACAUAGACAGUAAGGAUCAGGAGUUUUCCUUCAAGUCUUCUGGCACACCAGUUCCUGGAAAGCCACCAGUCAAAGAUGUUAGUGCUUACAUAAAUGCAGCUGGAAAAGUGGUUAUUUCCGUUCAUCAGAAUCUUUCUCAAGAUCAAGAAAACACAGUAGGAAAGGAAACAUCAUCUUUCGUUAGGCAAGAAAGUUUUACCAAAGAUAAAUCAAACAGUGGUGUUCCUCAAAAUAAACUCCCACAUAUUUCAAGUCACCCUCUCCUGAAAGAUUUAGAGGCUGUUCGAUCAACUCGUAUGGACCUUGGUCAGGAAACUCAUCUUCUCCUUAAGGACACUGAAACUGCCUUGGCAGCACUGGAAGCCAAAUUACUUUGUCAAAGCCAACAGCUGGAGCCCUCAGAAACUGCUGGUCAGCUGGAGGACUCCUUGUCAGGGGACUCAGAUGUGGACACUGCUAGCACGGUCAGCUUGGUGAGUGGGAAGAACGUCCCAACCAACGCCCCAAAACGCAAAGCGGUCACAAGCUUACAGAAGGAGAAGUCUUCUUCCACACCAUCCAUCCAGGACCAGUGUGGGCAGCCCAGUGCUCGGGACAGGCUCACGGAGAAGUGGAAAACACAAGCACCAGAGGCAUCAAACCACACGGAGACUGCUAAACGCUUCCAGAUGAAGCGGAGCGCUGGGACUCGAGGUUCUCUUGACUUUACAGAUGAUGAGAGAAGCUCAAGCUUGCCCUAUUUGCCAGUCCCCGAUGCGGUCGUGUCUGACCACGAGCACUCAGUAACUCGUCCAGUUCCCAGAAGAAAACCUUUUACUCAGGCCCCCAAGGAGGACCAUAGCAAAACAACCUUGAAUGUGCAGAAAAUCCAGCAAGUUCUCACUCGCUCCAACAGUUUAUCCACUCCACGGCCCACAAGGGCCUCAAAGCUACGUCGUGCCCGGCUGGGAGAUACUUCAGACAAUGAAUGUGUCGACACUGAGAAAACAGCCACUAACCCUGAAGCCACCACUCUGAGCCCCAAGCAGUCCACAGAGACAAAGAAGCUCUCCCGGCUGGACAUCCUUGCCAUGCCGAGGAAACGAGCAGGUUCAUUUACAGUGCCCAGUGACUCUGAGACAACACAGCCAAGGCCAGGGUUUUCAGGCCGGAGCGUGGAGUCCUAUCGGAAGACAGGUGCUUCGGAGAUGAGAGCCGCGGCAAGGAAGACGGCAGCUGCUGCCUCCGCGAAGCAGCCUUUCAGCAGGACCCGUUCUAGCAGUGUCAAGUAUUCCUCCUCGUCCACAUCAAGGCGGAGACCACAGGGUUCAGAUUACAAUUCUACUUCGGAGGAGGAAUAUGGCUCAAAUCACAGCUCCCCUAAACACAAACGCUCCCAUACUUCAACAGCCACACAAACACCAAGGAUACGUGGCUCUGGGCUGAGCAAGCAGAAGCACAAUGGCAGAGAAACAGAUGAUGAUGAAGAUUUUGACCAGCCUGACCCGUACAACUUCAUGGCGCAAACAGCAGAGAUAGCAGAAAUAGCCAGACUCAGCCAAACCUUGGUGAAGGAUGUGGCCAUCCUUGCUCGAGAGAUUCAUGAUGUUGCUGGAGAUGGAGACUCACAGAGUUCAUCGGGGACGGGACCAAGCAACUCCUUCAGCUCUGUGCCCAACACUCCUGCUUCCACCAUAUCAGCAAGAGAAGAGUUGGUGCAGCACAUUCCAGAAGCAAGUCUGAACUACCAGAAAGUGCCUCCGGGAUCAGUGGAACUGAAGGAUUUUGACCAAAAUAUGAACGAUAAUAGAGAAGAGGAUCCCUCAAGAAAAACCAGGACAAGAAACCGUGAGGAGGUAAUCUUUGACAAUCUGAUGUUGAACCCAGUGUCCCAGUUAUCACAUACAAUCCGGGAAAAUACAGAAAACCUAGCUGAAAAAAUGAAGAUUCUGUUUCAAAACUCAGAAAGGACCUGGGAGGAGAUGGAGGCCAAAAUGAAUUCGGAAAAUGAAGUGCCAAUUCUGAAGACAUCGAACAAGGAAAUAAGUUCUAUUCUGAAGGAGCUCAGGAGAGUUCAAAAACAGCUUGAAGUCAUAAAUGCUAUCAUUGACCCUACUGGAAACUUGGAUAUAGUUGCCAGUAACAAAGUAUCUUCUGCUGCUAAACAAUCUACAGCCACUAAAGUCAGGACUGCUAACACUUCUGGAUCUACACUGGAGACUUUGUCCCCAGCACAGAUGAGAAACUACGCACAGAAAUCGAACUGUGGGUCUUCUAGCUUACAAGAUUCAAAUUUCAUUCCAGAUGGAGAGAAAUAUGUGAUCUGAUCUGAUCUGAUAUUUUGUAUUGCUAUCAUCUUGUAACCUACUGUUGCAUUAGUAUCGUGUGUGAGUGGUUUGUGGACAGUUUGUGUGGAGCAGUUGUUUAGAUUGCCAACACGUUGCACAAAAAAAAUAAACCUAUGCUGUGAGGGUGAAUGGAAAGUCUGUGUAUGCCUUUUAAACAAGAGUAGCACUGUGGAGCAGCACAUAUUCAGCAUAGAGGCAAAGGCAAACUGGUUUGUAGAAUAUUACUCACUCUUCCAAUGUGCCAUAUGCAAACGGGCUUUGCAGAUGCUCCAAUUCAAUACUGCCGUGGCUGAAGUGUUCUUGCGUUGGCCUCUUUAUAAUUAUUCAGUUGUAAUGAGGCUCAAUUUCAACCUCCCCUUUUUUUUUGGGUACUACAUUUGGGUUUGAUUGAUUAAUCUGGUAUUUUUCUUUAAGUGUACAAGUGAAGCAUUACAACCCUGCUGGAAUCAAGGUGCAAAUCCGACAGAACGAUCGUGCAAUAUCUUGGGUUUCUAGGAGAAACUCUUACUGCACUUGGGUAAGAAGUCCUCUCCACUGGUCAUAAAAGGGCAACUACACUGAAGUUGUGAAUCCUUUCAAAUCCUUUUUUAACCUUCCCCUCCUCCCCCAUUCCAAACCAAGGCAGAAUAAACCCUUUGUUGUUCUCUUAGGAAAGUGUAAAAGUUAACAAUGAUGUUGAUAUAAUGACUACUCCUACAGUUACUAUUUUUGAUGAUGUCUCAGGCCCAAAGUUUGGGAUAGAUACAGUUUAGCUUGCCAAAUUUUCAUAAACUUGGUGCAGAUGCUGUCUCUAAGCUUACUUUUUCUUGUGUUAAAUAUACAAUCUUUCUACAAUGAGCUACAAAUGUGCUUGGCUGGGCCAAAGACUAAGAUGCUUGUGAUUUGCUAAUUGCUAAGGAAAACAUCUGUUCCGAUGGCUCAUGUAAUAAGCUUAAUUGCACAGUUGCUGUGAACCAGCAUUCACUUGACAGCACUGAAAGAAACAAUGGCUUCAAUGUAGCUCCACCUUUAUGGCUAGUCCUGUUACGAGUUUUUCAAUGCAAAAGUGCUUGAAGCCCACCAGUCUGUGGUAUUCUGCUACUCAGCAGUGUCAAGCUCUUGGUACCUUUUGUGUUUUUUGUCUGGAUUUUAGUUAUAGUCUUUUAUAAUCCUAGAAACACUAAGGAUUAUGUGCAGUUGCACUGAGAAAUUUCUUGUUUAGAAAAAGUUGAUUUUUCUAUUAUGUUUUUCAGUUAAACUGCAAAACACUGAGCGAUUUUUGCUAUUUCAAGGACAGAAAUAGAGGUUGUUGAGGGGGAUCUCUUCCAGAUGUGUUUGCUCACAGUUGUUUUUUUCUGUCGUAUAUAGAUUUCCUUUUUCAUUUUUCCUGAUCAAUAAACAGUAAUCAGGUAAAGAAAUUCUUUUGUAGCUGUGGAGGUUAUGCUUACUGGGAGAGGUGAGCAGAUGAGUUCCACUUUGCCCUCAUACAGUGUGUAGUUUAACCAGUGACAAUGGUUUCCCAAGCUUGACUGCUUCUUGUGUGCUGACUUUAUAUUUUAGGGUGGAUAGUGGAUUCCUUAGUUUCAGUAGUUACCUGAGCUUUUCUGCUAGAAUGUUGUAACAGUGGAAACUUGUUAAAAUAAUUUAAAUAAAUAGGGAUGCUCACAAAUUGUUUAAUCUUACUAAUGAUGACCAUGGUUGCUUUCCUGGUCAAGCCAGUAGGAGCUUUCUAUCCAUUUCAGCAGAAACAGGAUUGAUCCCAAAAUGGGAGUAUUACCAACAGACUAUUAGUUUAUUUGGAGUGUGCAAGAUGCUGGCUGAUAAGCAAUAGGUGCAAAUAUCCUUCCAAGAUUUCCAGUAGGUUAUAAGACUCAUCUGCUUGUGUGGAGGUGCUUUUCCAUGAGGAAAUCUGCUGGAUUUCACAUAGAUGAAUGCAGACUCAAAAAAGAGUUAGCCUUUGAUGUUCUUCUGCCUGUAAUAUACACACUAGCUGAAUGUGUUCAUUCAGUCAUCUAUUCUGAUCUGUCUUUUCUUGAAAUACCUGACUGUGUCCUUGAUGACUGUUUUAAGUGGUGGUAUCGUUCCUGACAUACGAGACACAAUUUUUCAAGCCCUUCUUGGUUAGGGUUUGAACCUACCAGGUGCUACCCCAACUCAUUAGGAGUUGAAGGACCUUCACAGAUAAGGUGUUGCUGUUGAUUUCACUUCUGCUGUAAAGACAAGUGAAUUAAUUACUCAGACAACUGACUUGUAUUAUUUGUUAACCAAGUUUCCACAUCUUCAUGGCUACGCUCUAGUGGAUUUUGUUUUCUCCAUGAUGUGUCCUUGAUGGGACUUCUGUUUACUUUCAUUAGAAAAAUUGCUUGAUUUUUUUUUUUCAUUCAUAAACACAUUGGAGAUGGAUUUUCUUCCAUGGUCUCUCUGUUCUGAACUUGAGAGAGCCCAGAGACACCUGACAUCAAUUCAGUCAGCCUGCAAACUAUGGUACCUCUUCAAAUGACUAAUAAGGAUGCUUCAAUAGGGGUCUGUUUAAUAAUUUGGAAAUGUGUUUGAAGGUGAGGGGAGGAUGCACAGCUUAUUCUGUUUUAUUUAUGACUCAGCCAAACUAUAAAAUGCUUCUGUGUCCUGUUCAUCCUUGUAUCUUUGCAUUUAAAACAGUUUUGCUAGUCAAUACUGAAACUCAACACAUCUUUUCUUGUAUUCAUUGCUUCUGAAGCAAGCCCCAUUUGCACUUGUCUGCUCCAGAUAAGCCAAAGAGCUAGCCACCUGACUGAGUCCUGUGUUGAUUGUUCAUUCUUACAAGCAGUACUGUAUGCAACCAUGAAAACAUGCCUCUGUGUGACUCCACUGGGAACCUAAGGUGUGUGUGGUGGUGUGUCAGGGUGGCCAAGGAUUGUAAGAUACCUGUUGGUUGCCAUGAGUUAUGGAUGGUCCUUGCAUUGAGCUUGACAGCAGGGACGCUGGCCUGUGGGUCACUCUCAUACCACAUUGCUUUCAUGUGUUUUGUAUCUGACUAAAGAAAUGUAAUGAAGGGUGGGAUUUUCAAAGUCUUAGGGAAGCAAGUGCUCAGGUCCUUUUGGGUUUCUGUCUGCUUUGGGUGCCUGACACUGUGAGCACCUUUCAAAAUCCCAGCUCUCAGCUUUUCUGCUAUACUUGAAAACCAUGUUCUCAGUUAGAUGCUUUCAAAUGUAGAAACCUGCUACUCUGUUCUGAUGGUGUGAAUGUAACUUGUGCGAGAACGUGUGUGUGGGCUUGGCGAGCGAGGAUCUAAAUGUAUCUACACUGCUGUCGUGUCAUAGUUGUGUUCCUGGAGGGAAGAACAUCUGCACCAUCUUUGAGCGUUGUAGUAAAGGUACAGCCAGUGGAAUGUUUACAUACAGCCUACUGAAAAAAAGGAGAAAACAAAAAAAAAGACGAGGCAAAAAAAAAAAAAGGCAAAUAAAAAGAGUGUAAAGUAUUUAAGUGCAAGGUUCUGCUACUUUUUCCUUGGUUUGCAGAUCACAGUAGCUAUUUUCUGAAGUUCUGUAGAUGUGUAUAACUUUUGCAAAGACCAGACAGAGCUACCUGUUCACUUUUGAUGUGCCCCGUGCUGAAUUGUGCCUAUUUCACUCUCUGCUGUUGUUAUGCUGCUGAUUCUGCUGUUCUGAACUGUUCACUGGAUCAUUCCAUUUGCAUGCAACACAAAUGCAAGCUGAGCUGUCUGAGAGUAAAGCUGAAACACGUUUGUGUAACUUGAAUCAAUUUCAUGGUUUUUCUUUUUUCCACACCCUCUUGAAAUGCUGUGUAUAAUUUUGAUUUAUUUCUCCUGCCCUGAUUAUUUCUUCUUCUUCUUUUGUUGUUGUUUGUUUAUUUGCUUUUUGGUUGGUUUGGUUUUUUUUUUAAUGGUAAUUUAUUUUUGUUUGGAUUAUAGGCAGUAUCUGUACAUUUUGUUUCAAGGUAAUAUUGUGGAUGUCUUUUAAAAACCAAAUUGUUAUUUUAUAUAAUUUUAUCAUAAAGUUGCUCUAAUAAAUCAUUCUUUUAUCAUG